CGUCGAUAAGCCCUCCCAAGCUAGGUAGUAAGGUACCUUAUGUGAUGACCACUGAUAGCAUGUACUCGGUUUCAACGAGGCCGAACUCGCUGAGCUCCUCUGGGCCUCUCUGCGUCUGUCCCGUAGCCAAUUUCAUAAAAGCUAGCUCUUCCCAGGCUCUUCUGAUUGUUGGCAUCCGAAUCACCCAUCUUUUCACACCUUGACCUCCUCACAAUAUGAUUUCUCACAGCUUGCUUGCCCUUGGCCUUGCCGCCCUCGUCUCUGGCCAUGGCGACCAUGGCGACAACCAGACUCCCCUCUCAGGUCCCCUCCAGUCCCUAUGGUACAACAAUCUGCCAGGCGACGGCGGUACCCAGGCCGACUCGGUAUUCUCUGGCAUCUCCACCUUCGGCCGCCUUCCUUACCAGCCUUGCUUGAGCCAGCCAGGUGUGCAGUACGACAUUGCCUUCCUUGGUGCCCCUUUCGACACGGGUACCUCGUACCGGCCCGGUGCUCGUUUCGGUCCUUCCGGCAUCCGGCAGGGAUCGCGGAGACUCAACCUAUACGGAGGCUAUAACGUUCCCUUGGGCACCAACCCUUUCAAUAGCUGGGCUACUGUCCUCGACUGCGGAGACAUCCCCGUCACAUCGUACGACAACACCUGGGCCCUGCACCAGAUCGAAGAAGGCCACUACAACCUCCUGUCUCGAGCCCCCGUCACCAACGCGAGGGUAAGGGGCCCUGCCAAGCACGGCAAGACUUUGCCCCGUAUCAUCACCCUUGGCGGUGACCACACCAUCACCCUCCCCUUGCUGCGGUCAAUCAACCGGGCCUACGGCCCCGUGACUGUCAUUCACUUUGACAGCCACUUGGAUACCUGGAAGCCCAAGGUCUUCGGAGGCUCGCCGUCGGAGGUGGCCAGCAUCAACCACGGCACCUACUUCUGGCAUGCUGCCCAGGAAGGCCUCCUGCGCAACGACACCAACAUCCAUGCCGGUAUCCGAACGACGCUCUCGGGCCCCAGCGACUACGAGAACGACGGCUACUGCGGCUUCGAGAUUGUUGAGGCGCGUGAGAUCGACACCAUCGGCACCGAUGGCAUCAUCAAGAGGAUCAUCGACCGUGUCGGUACCAAGAACCCGGUCUAUCUCUCCUUGGACAUUGACACCCUCGACCCUGCCUUUGCGCCCGCCACCGGUACCCCUGAGACGGGCGGAUGGUCUACCCGUGAGCUGCGGACUAUUCUUCGGGGUCUGGAAGACGUGAACCUGAUCGGCGCUGAUAUUGUAGAAGUUGCGCCUGCAUAUGACACGAACGCAGAACAUACGACCAUGGCGGCCGCUGAUGCCCUUUACGAAAUCAUGAGCAUCAUGGUCAAGAAGGGGCCUCUCAGCGCUAUGGUCACGGGCCCUGAAGACUCUGAGGACCUAUGAUACGAUGAUGCUCAUACGACUUGUAAACGAAGGACAGUAAGAGGGGGGGGAUGGAAUGUGCCCUAGAGGCAUUGCAUGGGGUAGAAAGUGAACCACGACAGUAGUGGUCUGUAUGACGAUUGGGGACGAAGGGCGUUAACGGGGAAUUUGGCGACGAACCGAAAUAGAACCAAGGCAAUAUCUUAUAGGACCGUCUACGUGUUGAGAGGCACCGCACCUUGGCUACCUAGAAAGGCACCUAAAAAUAGGGCCGUUCUACCGGACCUAUAUUUCGAUAUCAAGGUACAGGAAAAGGUAUAAUCUAGUACUAUAAAACC